UGACGGCCCCCGAGUUUCUCUCUCUCGCUGUGUUGUGUCCAAUGUCAUAUCAUAUCAUGCAAGAAGGGCAUAAGAAUAAGCCCCUCCCGCACACGUCAUUGCCUUCCCUUAUACCCAGGUCGCUCAUUUCUUCAUUCAAAUUCAUUCAUCCCUCCAUCCCUCCAACGCCCCCAACCCUUUAAUUUUCCACGAGAUCUAUCGCAACGCUUUCAAUAUGAGCAUCUAUCGAGAUUCUUUCUAUUUCCAAUAAAACCCCAUGUUUUUUAGUUGAAUUUUUUUGGGUUUUCUUUUUGUUUUCCGCGAUUUCUCUCCGAUAUCGUUUCUGGGUUCAAUCUGGAUUUGUGAUUUACAGAGUUAAUCGGAGAUUAGAGAGGGAAAUGGGUAGUGGGGUGGAUGAAAAUGGGGUCGUGUUGUUUUCUUGUGAGGAGUUGAGUGAGAUGAGUGGGGUUAAGUUCGGUGGAGACUUUGUGGAGGUCACUUGUGGCUGUACCAGUCAUCGAUAUGGCGAUUCUGUUGGAAGGUUGAGGGUUUUUGUUAAUGGUGAACUUGAAAUCACCUGUGAAUGCACUCCUGGUUGUCAUGAAGACAAGUUGAGUCCUGCUGCAUUUGAGAAGCACUCUGGACGAGAAACGGCUCGAAAAUGGAAGAACAAUGUUUGGGUCAUAGUUGAUGGAGAUAAGGUUCCACUCUACAAGACUGUGCUCCUCAAGUACUACAACCAGGCGCUAAAAAGCAGCAAUGGAUCCAGUAGAUCCCAAAGUGGACGAGUCUGUCAUCGUGAUGAGUUUGUUCGAUGUAGUAGAUGCAACAAGGAACGCAGAUUUCGACUUAGAACAGAAGAGGAAUGCCGAAUACACCAUGAUGCAUUGGCUGAUAGUAAUUGGACUUGUGCUGAUCUACCAUAUGACAGAAUAACAUGUGACACCGAUGAAGAACGAGCGAGUCGGAGGGUUUAUAGGGGAUGCAGCCGUUCGCCAACGUGCAAGGGCUGCACUUCCUGCGUCUGCUUCGGGUGUGAUAUCUGUCGUUUUUCAGAAUGCAGCUGCCAGACUUGCAUCGACUUCACAAGGAACGCAAACGCUUGAUUCUGCAGAACAAUUCUUCUGCUCUGAUUAUUCCCAUUUCAUUUCUUUGUAUGAUGCUCUUCUCAUACAACAUUUCAAGGACAUCCAAGAAGAGAAAUAUCAGGUUAAACUCUGCCUUAUUUAAUGUCUUUACUGACCAUUACAGCAGUACAUUUAGAUUCAGUAGUUCUAUUGCCUUUCUAUGAUGAGUUUGUGUGAUAUUAACAUAACAACGUAUUGGCAUGCGAUUUUCAUGGUCUGUUUCGUGUGUCUUAACGGGGAUCGUUAAUGGCGAUUAGAACACGAAAACAAGUCGAAGUCACUGCAAUAUGCAGAGCUUUGAAGUUGUGAUCAAAAGGCAGAGUGAGUAUAAGAGUGAAGUGGUUGAAUAGAGGUGGGAAUAUUGAAUGCACAGUGGUUGGGUAGGAAAUGAGGGUGUUGAAGCAAAGUGAAAGGUAUAGCGCAGAAAACAUGUUUCUUCUUUCUGUGCUAAAACGACCAAUUCAUCAUAAAUGAGAGGCAGCUGGAAGCUGGAAUUCUCUUUGGCCAGCUGCCUACUUUUACAAAUAGGAAUGGAAUAUUCUUUAUGUGGAUAAGAGCUUUCUC